AUGCCUCUGUUUGGAUGGCAUUGCCCAGCGACAUCAGAAGACGUCGGUGUGCGAGAGAAUGCUCACGUCCAGGCCGGACACUGCGGCCUCACCGCUGCGGGGUCCAGGCGCCCAAUGUCCAAAGGAGCGGCGAGCAUGCCGGUGUGCUUCAAGGAGCCGGCUGCAGACGCCACGAAGUCUAGGAAGAGCAGACGGACAGCGCUGACAACGGCACGUCCCAGCCGUAUACGGCGCUCACCAAAUCACUUGCGUUUCCAGGACGUCAAGACAGGCCACCCCAGUCCGGWUGAUCGUUUACCGAGCCUAUACCGCACAGAAUUUGCACGUYGCGAAUUCGAGAGCAUUCUUGUGGCUGCCCUGUCGAGUCGCAAUCGUAUGCAUCACAUUUCUUCCGCGAUCCUAUCGCAUAUGCCAAGCGAUGCCGCGGACGCGGAGUGA